AUGUCAGCUGGAGAGUCUCAGGACCUUUGCAGCAACUUUGGGGGGCUGUGGAGCGAGUUUAGGGUCAUGGCGAGCGUGACCACGGUCCUGAAGGCGGUGGGCCUGUUUGUUGUAGAGCUCAUCAGCUCCGUCACAGACUUGUUCCAGACCAAACCAGCAUGGGCCAACCUGAAAGUGCUGGAGGACACAGAACUGAAGUCCACUGGGGGCAUCCAUGAGCGACACAGGGCCAAAUCUCUGUGGGAGAAGACCGGAGCUGUAGUCAUGGUUGUACGGCGACCCGGAUGAUUAUUGUGCAGAGAGGAAGCUGCUGAGCUGUCCUCUCUGACGUCCCAGCUGCAGGACCUUGAAGUCCCUCUGUUUGCCGUGGUAAAAGAAAACAUUGGCAAAGAGCUGGAUUGCUUCAAGAAGUCCUUCACCGGGAAAGUCUACGUGGAUCUGCAGAGAAACUUCUACGGGCCUCAACAGAGGUCGAUGUUUCUCUCCAUGUUCCUGCGUGUUGGCGUGUGGAUGAACAUUUGGAGGGCCUACAGGAGGGGCUUCAGGGGAAACAUAAGAGGUGAAGGACUCAUCCUGGGUGGAGUCUUCGUCAUUGGGCCUGGAGAUCAGGGUAUUCUACUUGAGCACCGCGAGAAGGAGUUUGGAGAUAAAGUACAUUUGCUGGCAGUGCUCACAACAGCCCGCAAAAUGCAAGACGUCUUGGCAAGAUAGGCUUUGAAUAUGUGGAUGAAUGGACUGAUUGUUGGUGAGCCCUUAUGUAAUAAUGGUUGUUACAUGUGGCCAUUUGCAUGUCUGUAACCCAGGAGUUUUAACUACAAAAAAGCCUCUAACAUGCUGCUCUGUUGGCAUGGUAUAUUUAAUUGCAUUGCCUUUGCUGAAAAGCUAGGAAGUUAAAUAACUGUAUUUAAAAUGUGCGACUUUAACUGUUUAUUGACCCACUGUCUGCAGUUAUUGUCUUGUUUAUGUGAAGAUAUUUUGUGUGUUUUAAUGACGAUCUGUUUCUAAACUCUGCUGAGAGAACAGCUCUGAUGUUCACACAUAUCCUCCACAUUUAAAAAGACAGUCUUUGCCUGACAUAAUGGAGAUCGAACCUUUGGAGUGAUUGAACACAUUUUAUGUUUACCAUGAAAUAAAAAUACCUAACCAGU